AUGGUCAAGAAAGCGAAAUGGCUGGAGAAUGUAAAGAAGGCUUUUAGCCCCGAUGUAAAGAAGUUGAAACACCAAGCGGAGGAGGAGGAGACUGAGAUAUCUUACCCUGUAUUGAUAACAAGAUCAAGAAGUUCUCCUCCUCAGUUUGAGGUCAGAGUUGAUGAGGUCAACUAUGAACACAAGAAGAAGAUAAAGCAUCUGUCUCAUCCUCCUUCAGAAGCAGAAGAAGAUGAUGCUCUUGAAGAAGAUUCAACUCCAUCUUCUCCUGAGUUUGUUCCUCCGCCAGCUACACCUGACAAGUCUCCAGUGAAGUCAAAGGAAGAUGCAGCUGCAGUUUCUAUCCAGUCUACAUUUAGAGGACAUUUGGCAAGAAAAGAAGCCAAAAGGAUGAAGAGAUUGGCCAGACUUAAGUUGUUUAUGGAAGGAUCGGUUGUACAACGGCAAGCUGGACAUACCAUUAAAUCUAUGCAGGCUUACACUUGUGUACAGUCACAGAUCUAUUCUAGGAGAAUCAGGAUGUCAAAUGAGAAUAAGGCUCGCCAUAAGCAACUCCUUCAGAAGCAUGCCAAAGAUAUAGCAGGCUCCAAGAAUGGUGGGGGUAAUCGGAAGCUCAGCAAUCAGUCCAAGAAAAAAGUUGAAGCAGGUUUGUUGAAUAGUGAGGCAACAAUGAGAAGAGAUAAGGCAUUGGCUAGUGCAUCCACACAUCUGCAACACUUGAAACCUACAAACACUACUAUGUUCAUAGAUCCUAAUAACCUCACUUGGGGUUGGAGCUGGUCAGAAAGGUGGACAGCUGAGCAGCCAGGGGAGAACUCAGAGAAAGAACAAACCAGCACUGUUAAGCCAUCGGUUAAGACCUCAACUAACACUAACUCACAUGGAGGAGAAACAGCAAAAUCUUCAAUCCGCAAAAAUCUACCAAAUAAUCCAUCAACAUCAUCAUCAUCCACCACAAGAAAGAACAAGCCAACCCCACCUUCCAUAAGACCCAAGACCACUGAUGCAAUCGCCAAGAACUCGGAAAAGAACCUUAGGCACAGCAUUGCAAGGUCAUCGGUUAGUGAUGACGAAGGGCUGGCUAGCUCAGCGGCUCGACUCCGCAACAUGGUUCCCACAAAACUAGCCGAUGAAAUAGCCAAGAGCUCGGAAAAGAACCGUAGGCACAACAUUGCAAGGUCAUCGUUUAGUGAUGAUGAAGGGCUGUUGGCUAGUUCAGCGGCUCGACAUCGCAACAUGGUUCCUACAAAACCAUCCGAUAAAAUAGCCAAGAACUCUGAGAAGAACCUUAGGCACAACAGCAUUGCUGCAAGGUCAUCGAUAAGUGAUGACGAAGGGCUGUCUAGCUCAUUAGCUAGACGUCGCAACAUGGUUCCCACAAAACCACCACGUGGCGGCAAGAUCAAGGCCCAGAGCUCAUCAAGCGUCGCUUCUGCUGCUGCAACCACAGAGGAAGAAGGAAAUGGUGUUUUACAGGAGAAAGCACCAGCAAAGAAGCGGGCUUCUCCUGCACCCAAACCUAGACGAUCACCAGGGCCGGCCAAGGUUGAAAACAACGUUCUAAAGGCGGUGAAAACAUCCGUGUGA